AUGGCUACCACCAUAGUCAACACCCGUUCCACCGAGACCCACAUCCUCUUAACAAACGGCGAAGAAAAUGCUCAAACCACCAAGGGGCUAAAGCAACUCGAGAGCUUGGCCCUAGCUCAAGCCGCUGGAGUCGAGUUGCAACGCCAUGAGCGCAUCGUCAGCCGUCUAGCUUCCGAGGUACAACAUUUUUCCGAGCGUGGCGAAAGGUUUCGUAUCAACCAUGGCUCCAGCAAUUCAACCCGCCCUGCCUCCAUAGGGAACCUACUCGAUAUCAGCGGCUUGAACAAUGUCCUCUUCAUCUCCAAGGGUGACCCGGACCUCGGGCUCGAGAGCUGGUGUCUCGCCGAGCCCAACGUCCCGAUGGACAAGUUGGUCGAGGCUACCAUACCGCACGGGCUCGUCCCUCCCGUUGUUAUGGAGUUUCCCGGAAUCACGGUGGGCGGGGCGUUCUCCGGGACUUCGGGGGAAAGCAGCUCCUUCCGCCACGGCUUCUUCAGCGACAAUGUCCACGAAGUGGAGAUGAUUCUGGGCGACGGCCAGGUGGUCAAGGCCUCCCAUGAGAAUCACCCUGAUCUGUUCCGUGCCGCCGCCGGCGCCCUAGGCACGCUUGGUAUCGUGACGGCCGUAAAAAUGCGGCUGAUACCAGCCAAGCGAUUCGUCCACGUCCGCUACACCCGCCUGGACAGCUUCCCGGACGCCAUCAGCGACCUCCACAAGAUGAAGUCCGGCACGUCCGAAUACCUCGACGCCAUCCUGUACUCCAAACACCACGGCGUAGCCAUCACCGGCAACCUCGUUGACGAGACGAUGAUCCCCCAGGGCACGCGCAUCAAAACCUUCAGCCACGCGGCCGACGACUGGUUCUACCGGCACGUCCGCGACAAGACCAGCCCCCUCCCCCCCCGCAGCGAAGCCGACGAGUACGUGCCCCUGGCCGAGUUCCUGUUCCGCUACGACCGCGGCGGGUUCUGGGUCGGCGAGCUGGGCUACGACUACUUCAAGCGCGCGAUUCCCUUCAACGGCUUCAUGCGCUGGCUGCUGGACGACUUCUCGCACACGCGCACGCUGUACCACGCGCUGCACGCCACGGGCGUCACGCGCGAGCUGGUCGUGCAGGACGUCACGGUGCCCUGGGACAAUGCCGCCGCGCUCAUCGAUCAUAUCAGCGACGAUCUGGGCAUCUGGCCGCUGUGGUUGUGCCCGCUGGCCGGGGCGCGGAUGCCGACCUUCCACCCGAUGACGGCAAAGACGGGGGUGGCGGGGUCGGGAUGUCCGCCGAUGACUUCGGAUGAGAUGCUGAGUAUUGGGCUUUGGGGCUGGGGGCCUAAGAAGUUGGAUCAGUUCGUGGCGAAGAACCGCGGGCUGGAGGCAAAGCUGGAAGAGCUCCGCGGCCGUAAGUGGCUGUAUGCGAAUAUGUUCUACACGGAGGAGGAGUUCUGGAGGUUGUAUGAUCGGGAGUGGUACGAGGACUUGAGGGAAAAAUAUCACGCGACUAAUUUGUUUGCAUCGGAAUGCGAGGUGGAAGUGGUCGGGGGGAGCUGA